GUGGUUCGUCGUUCGGGGGAAAAUGGCGGGUGAUUUCGGGGAACUGGUGCUGGUACUGGGAGACAUGCACAUCCCACACCGAGAGGCCGCUAUCCCGGAGAAGUUCAAGAAGAUGCUCGUGCCCAAUAAGAUGCAGCACGUCCUAUGCACGGGGAACCUGGUAGGGAAGGACCAGUACAACGACUUGCGAACAUUAGCGCCUAACGUGCACGUCGUGCGGGGAGACUUCGAAGAGUCCACCACCUUCCCGGAGACGAAAGUCGUCCAGAUUGGCCAGUUCCGGGUAGGCCUCACCCACGGGCACCAGAUCGUGCCCUGGGGGGACCCUAACGCGCUUGCCAUGACGCAGCGCCAGCUGGGCGCCGACAUCCUCAUCUCGGGACACACGCACCGGAAUCAGGUCAACGAGUUCGGUGGCCGGUGGUUCAUCAACCCGGGGUCUAUCACGGGGGCGUACUCCGCCGUGGAGUCGGACGCGGUGCCGAGCUUCAUCCUGCUCGCGGUGCAGGGCGCCAAGUGCGUCACGUACGUGUACGAGCUGCACGGGGACCAGGUGGAGGUGUCCAAGAGCGAGUUCAGCAAGGCAUCAUCAGCAUGA